ACCCCGCGAAAUAAGUUGGCCAAUUUUCGCGCGUUGUCGCGGCGCUCGCCGGGGCAAAGCAGGGCCGUGGUAGCAAGAACCCUUCGCAACCACUGCGUCGGUUACGUCUUAACGGGGGGUGCACUGUGCAUUCAAAGAUGAGCGAGUGUGUUGAUACCGAAAUUUAAAGGCCCUGCAAAGGGUGUGGUAUAAAUUUGGAGAACCUAUUCAUCACGCGCCAUAAAGCGCGAUUCCCGAUGCAGACUUUACGCAAAAGGAACAGCCCUUGCAAAUUCAAAAAUGAACCUACUAGAUUUUUGGGGGAAGGUGUAUCGUUCAAGGCAAAGCUGAUAGGGAUUUUGGAAGUUUCGGAAGCACGUGGAGAUCGAAUGUGCCAGGCUGCUUUGGCAGAUUUAAAAAUGGCCAUUCGAGCUGCUGGUGAACACAAACAACGAAUCACUGUCCAAAUCAGCAUCGAUGGAUUGCGGCUACGAGAUGAGAAAACCGGAGAUUGUCAAUAUCACCACCCCGUUCACAAAAUAUCCUUCAUUGCUCAAGACAUGAGUGAUUCCAGAGCUUUCGGCUACAUUUUUGGUUCACCUGACAUGGGUCACAGAUUUUUCGGUAUAAAAACAGACAAGGCAGCAAGUCAGGUUGUAAUAGCAAUGAGGGAUCUCUUUCAAGUGGUUUUUGAACUGAAGAAAAAGGAAAUUGAACUAGCGAAACAACACAUUGAACAAAAUACGAUGAAGUUCCACUCGCCUGGAAUUUUUGUAGAUCCAUCACCGGACACAAAGGUCAAAGAGAACGUGCAACCUAUUUUACCUCCACCACCAUCUUCAAGAAGGGGUCAUUUCGAACGCCAGCAAACGGUUCAGCCAACCUCUACUUCUUCGUCAUCCAGUCCGAUCACCACAGUCACUAGCAAAACUCCACCUCCCUAUGGUUCCGUUCAUUGGUUCGAUAAAGAAACAGAAGACCUCUUUAAUGAUGGAGAACUUUCAAGCCUUUCCAGGAAUCUCACAGGGGAUAAAGACAAGGAAAGUGAUUCCAGCACGCCUCAUAGCUACUACGCCAGCCAGCAAGUAGAUGUCUUCACAGAACUAGACCCUCUAGGAACCGGGUUGAUAAAACCGUACGUUGACAAGAAAGACUUCUUUCAACAUUUAAAGAAUCCCCCAAAGAAAGUAUUGAAAGACUUGGCUACUACAAGUUCAAACGACACCUUCCCUACAGACUUUAAGAUAUCGAAUAUCAGUGAUCCAAUAGAACCACUAAAACAACAAAAUAACGCUUCGAGUUCUGAUAACUUUGACGACAAUGGCUUUGCCAACUUUGAAAAGUUCAACGACAACGAAACAAAUCCGAGGACAAGUUCACCACUCCUAAAGAGGGAAUCUUCUCCCAGAAAUAAUUACCAGCCCCUAUCGGUUUCCCUUCCACCCGAGGAGGACGGACAGAAAAACCAUUCUGGUUCUACUUCAAACUCUUCAGUUUUGACUAAAAUGGAUAGAGAUUCAACUGAAUCAACGCAAGGUUUGAUUAAACUUCCUAGUCCUAGGAAAUACUUACAAUACUCCAGGAAAGAUUAUGGUGUUGAUCUCUCGGGAAGUAGGACUCAAUCUACGGAUAAACCUUUCCCGAUUGAUUUCUCUAGGACGAGUGAUUCUCCAGCUUCUCCCAUGAAAUCUGGCUCCUCAGAUGCAAAUUCUAGACUUUCUAGUUCCAGUGUCGAAAUGGACACUGUUCCCGAACCACCACCGAGGGGUUCUGGAAGCAUUCUGAUAAAUCCUCCACCACUUCCACCAAAGAAACAGAGUGCCAGAGGUGCGAUAAAACCUCCACCAAGGCCACCUUAUAGUGAGGGGCAUUUCCACUAUGAUUUUCUUGAAAAAGAAGAAUGUUCUCCUUCACCAACAAGAAAGAAUAAGAACAGAAGUCCAGCAAGAGACAUGAAGAGUCAAUUUGAUGAUAAUUUCAGUCCUCCGAUGCCACAACUACCGAAAAGAUCUGAGCAGACUGCCUUUUCGGAAUCAAAUUUUGAAGACUCUUUUAGCUCGAUUAUCCCUCCUUCUUUGUCUUUGCUUUUCCAAAAUUCUAAUUCAAAUAAAACUUCAUCUACUGAAACUAAAAAACCAAAACCUUCUUUGGAUAUUACUCUGAGUCAGUUGACAUCAUCAAAUCUUAGUGAAUUAGCAACAAGCUUGAAUAUGACUGUGACUGAAUUAACUAGUCUAACUCUUCAUCAGUUAACAACAUGUUUGUCCGAAUUGUCUGCCAAAGAAGCAAAGGUGAGUCAAAAAACCACGACUCCAGUCACAGAAAAAGUACCUCCCAAACCGCCGAUAUCAGCCAAGAUGGUAGAAACAGCCUUCGUUUCCAACGAACCAUUAUUCAAAGCAAACUUUGAUCAGGAACCAAAAACAUCGGAUAGUGCCUACGAUAAAUACGCUGUUUUUCGAGAGUUACUGGACACGGAGACUGUACCAAGUGUAAAUACAAAAGAAUUAGUGAAAAACGACAGUCAUUCAAUGGAAUCAGAUGUCCAGGAAGAAUCAAGACCUCCGGAGGAAAAGGAUGUGGAAGAGAAGAAUAAGAUGGAGAAUAUUGUGUCUUUGAAAAACCUGACUGUAAAGUUACCACCAGUUUCUGAAAGUUUAGUUAAAAACGAGCCAACGCCCGAUGAACAAGAAAUCCGUUCUGAUUUCCCUGACACUAAAAUAGAAAGUAUAAUAACGGAUAAGGAGGAAGACAAAGUUGAAGGGAAGAGACUUUCGCGUGAUUCUUCGAAUGACAGUGAGGAAGGCACUGAACAGGAGGACCCAGUUCAAGAAUGUAACGAAGUAGUAAAGGAUUCGAAAUCCAACAUUUUAGAGAAGAAGGAAAUGCCUUUAUGUGAGACGGAACCUCUACCAGAGAAGGUGGAAAUCAAGCAAUCUACGUCAACUUCAAGUGAUAGAUACGCAGCCUUAAGAGAGAUUAUCGAGGAGACCGAACAGACCUCCAUAAUGAAUGAGACGGAAUCUUCAAACUUUAUCAGUUCGCCACGUAGAACGUCACCUAUUAGAACUUCACCUCUUAAGACUUCUCCAAUCAAAUCCUCGCCAGUUACAACAUGUAAGUCAUCAGUUGAGGUAGAUCUAAUGAUCUUAUUCUCUGACAAUCUUCCGCAACCUUCAAUUAAACCUUCUACGAAGAUAGAAGAGGCAAAAAUGAUGGACAUAUUCGAGGAGAUCAAGAUGCUGAACGUGGAAACUCCAUCAGCAAUCAGUAAACCGAUUACUGGAUUUGAAGACGUCUUCUGUCCUCUUUCUGAUUCCAAACCAGGCAAGGAAAAUGCUAGGGAUGAAGAAAACUGGGCUAAAUUCGAGGCGAACGUUUUUCAAUCCGAAAAAUCUUACGGAGAGAGUCACGGUUCGGUUGGCGGAACUUCACCAUGGUCGCCUGACGGUAAGGAGUUUCUCAAGGAACCUCAAAUAAGAUCAGGAAUUCAAAGGAAUUCAGGCGAAAGUGACAAUGAAUGGAAAGACGAAGAAGAAAGUGAGGAGAGCAAUGGAAGAUACAGAGGGGAGGGAGGACCUUAUGGUAGACCACCAUUUGCAAUCGGAUUUGAAGAAAGGCUCUAUUACGAAGAGGGUAUGGAACCAGGAGACAAAGAUAGAAGCUUUAGAGAAAAGAUGGGAAGAAAAACAAGAGGAGGCGUACCAUGGGCAAAACCUGGUCACAGAGCUCGUGAUCCAACACCAUGGCACGAAGAUGCUCGAUGGGAGGAAGAAAGGAAGAGGUAUCUUCAUAGAAAGAUACCUUAUAAGGAUGAGGAGGAGUAUAAGGCUUAUUGGAAGUGCAGACCGAAGCAGAGACCUUGGAAUGGUGAUCGAGAAGGAUUCUGGCCUCAUGAUGAUCCCUAUUAUGAGGAAGAACAUGGCAAGAGGAGAUUGAUGUUGUGGAGCGAAGAAAGAGAUAGCAGGGAGAGUAGGGAUAAUAGAGAGGGUAGGGAGAGUCGAGAGGGUAGAGAUAGGUUUAGUAGUCAGGAAAGUAUGGGAUAUGAUGAUGAGGAGAGAUGGACGAGAAGAGAGUACGAGAGGAGAAGAUGGGAAGAGGAUGGAACUUUCUGGAAUCGACGGGCUCCGGAUGGUGAUUAUCCUCACAAGGAAGUCUUCAGGAAGCACGAUCCACAUUAUGCGAGAGAAACUAGGCAUUAUGAUUAUCCACCGGGUUGGGAAGAGGAGUAUGGACCUGAACGUGCGGAUGAUUCUCCUAGAUACGUCUCCAGGAAGAGACACUGGCCCAAAAGACCUAACAGUGCUAACGACGGGAGGAAUCUUGAACCUGUGUACGCAGAAGUGCGACCAAAAUAUACGGUUUCCAGGUCAGAAUGUAGUGAUAACGAUUCCGAUCCAUACCAUCGACCACACAGAUCAAGGAGUCGGGACAGCUAUUGGGGCAGCGACCAAGAAUUCGAAAGUUGGGUCGAGAGGCCCUACUGGUCCGAGGGCGCAGAUGUAAAGAACGAUUCCUAUCAAAAAAGAAGAAUGAACAGGCACAAAACGCGUCCUCAAACUAAUUCUCAAAAUUCUCCUUUCGAGGACGACUUCACCCAAACUAUAGAACGCAGUGAAGCUUCCUUGGACUCCUUAAGCGCUGAACCUCGAUCCCGGGUUGAGGUGGAACUGAAGCAUUCUCCAAGUCCCAGAAGUAGUAUGAAAGACAAUACGAAAAGGGACCCUAGGAACUACAAAGGGUCCAGCUACUUCGAAGACGAUCUUACUCCAACAGCAAGUGCUUCUAGUGAUACUUCUGACAGACCCAGACUUGGUUCUGAUCUCAAGGCCACUCCUGAGGAACUGCCUUCUGACAUUAAAGAUCCAGACAGUUUCGUCUCUGAAGACAGUGGCAGGGACAGCUUUUUCAAUGGCGAACAGAAGUUUGAUGAUGAUACUUUUACCUUUCGGUCAGAGUUAGAGGACCAAGUGCCUGAAAAGUCGACUACUCUACCUUUGAAGAACCCGAGACCAAAUAAGUAUGGCAACAAUAAAAUUAAGGGUGACCAGUAUAUCAAAAAGUCUGAGUCCGUCAAUAUCUUUGCUCGGGAAAAUGACCCGUUCGACGAUGACGAAUUCUUCAACUGAUCCAACGCCUCGAGUUCCAGAAAGAGAACUGGUUCUCCUCGCAUCACAUGGAAUCAGAGCACUCGCAUUACUUACUCGCGCCAUUCCCAAGGGACGUAAAAUGCUCCUGACUUUGACGUUUCUCACACUACGGAGUGAAGAAUGAUAUUUUUAUAUCGAUCAAAAAGAUAGAAACCUUUCUUGUUUUUCCUAGAGGAUUUUCGCGGACCCUCGGGUAUUGAUCUUCAAUCUACUGAAAUGUAAAAGGACCCAUGGAGAACCUUCUCUGACGACUGACGGGUACUUUGUUUCAAAUUUAAUUUUCAGUAGAACUCUUCUAGCUGUCCGGAAUCUGAAGUGUUUGGUAGCAACUAACUUAAGUUUUAUCUGUUUUUUAUCUUUACUUGAAAAUUCAAGAAUAGUGAUCGUUAUUCUUCAAGGACGUAAUCAAAAACCGGACAGCUAACAAGAAUCUGCUCUACUAGGCAAACGAAUCUAAUUAAAAUGUUAUGUGCAAUUUAGGAUGAUUGGAUACAUAAAGGACUUUAGAGAAAUCAAAGGACGUAUAAGCUUGAAAUUGUAUGAAUGUUAUUGUUAUACCUUUAAUUCUUUAGUGAAAUUAAUGUUUGCCCCGCAGUGCUGUGAGUGACAAAGAGAGCUAAUUUUCAGUCUAAUUUGAUUAAUUGUAAGAUGAGCUAAAAUGAAUAGAUCAUUCGCUGUCGAUUUAAACUGAAAAAUUCAACAGCUUAGAUUUUGCUGAUUCGAGAAUUUUUCCAGUGUAGGUUCAUCUAAAAACGAUUGAAAUAUAAUGAUUGAACAGAGAGAGAAGGCGAAUGAUCUUGCUUUAGCAUCAAAGCGAUUUUUCCUAAUGAAAAAAUAAAGAUUUGUUUGAAUAAACUAAAGAAGUUUGCAUAGCUUGUACAUCGCAAUCGUUUUGCAAUCCUUGAACGGAAAGUAUUGGAUUUAAAAAUCUGGGAAAUCGAAUCUAGUCAAUAAUCCCGAAUGUUUAAUUUUGAAAUAAACACUGAAGGAUGACAAUAUUUAUAUUUUCAUAGUUAAGUCUUUAAUGAGAUUUGUUGCUAAAACGAUUAAACCGAGGGUUAAUAGAACAUAAAAAUGAAGAAUCGAUUACCGAAGGUACUUUUUUACGAGUAAUAAAAAUAUAGCAAGAUCGAGAGAAUAAUUACUAAUGUUAUUUUCAAAAUCGCUCUAUACAAACAGGUAAAUCUAAAGACUAUUGUAACUUUUUGCUUUGAAAUGGAGCGAAUAAUUUUAAUGAUUUAAUGAAAGUGAAGUAUUUAAAUGUCGAAGUGAAACCUGUACGAAAUGUAUAUCAAGAAACUAUUCAUUGUAUAAAAUUUGGGCCUCGUAAUUCAUCAGACAGAUUAUCUUGCACAGAAACAUAAGACCACACCCUAAAAUAAAGACUCCAAGAAAAUAAUUAUUAGCAUAAAAACAAUAA